CCUUACAUGAACUUAAAAGUUGCUUUAACAUGUUCCGCGCUUUGCAAAGAUCGUCAAUUUUAAAAAGUGUUAGUGCAAAAGCGUUUGCUCAAACUUCUAUUCAAGCAGAAAGGUAUAUUUCAACUAAAAAGGCUGUAGUUUUUAAUUUGCGUGGAUCAGUUGUUCCAGCUCUAAGUCAUGUAGUAAAGAAAUUUGCUCGUGAUCAUAACAUGUCAGAAUCAGAAAUGAUGGCAAAGCUUUUCAAGGAGGGAGAUAAAUCACUUUUGAAGAAAAUUGAACCAGCUCUUCUCUCUCGUCAUGGAAGUUUUCAUGUGGCUUUGGCUGAGCUAGUAUCUGCUAUUCAAGGUAUACGUGCUGAAGGUAUCAAAACAGGACUUAUUUUAGAUGCAGGAGACCUUAAUCCUGCAUACAUUCCUAUUGACACAGAGUUGUUUGAUGUGACCUCUCCAGCUUUAAAACCUGCUAUUCUGGAUCAACUAAAAGUUGAUUCUACUGAUGUUGUGUAUGUUGAUAAUGUGGAAAAAAAUCUAAAAGCUGCACAAUCUUUGGGAAUGACAACAAUUAAAGUUGAAAAUAUAGAAAGCGCCCUUCGCGAUAUUGAAGCGUCCUUACAAGUGCCGUUAAAAGAAUUUUUACCAGGCUUCACUUGGAUCUACUGGGACAAUGCUAACUCCCCCUAUAAAAACACAAAAGAGAAUUUGUUAUAUUACUUAUUAGUCAUUUACGUUUUUAUGGUCAGCGGACAUCUAUCUUUGAAAUAUGUAUUCAAGGUUGAUGGGACUCAACAACAUUAGUUUUGUUAAUAUGAAAUAAAUUUUAUGAAAAUAAUUUAA